UAUUUGCAAACGAUAACGAUACUACUAAUAAUAGGUAGUAUUUAGGCCGUUUUGAAUAAGUUGGCCAUUUUUCAUGACAGCUGAAUGCCCUGUUUUGCAAGGAGGAGCUCUAUAACAUAUACAUACGCGUAUAUGCUCUAUAAACUCUCUAGAGUACGGUGAGUCAAGCCUGCCCGGAAAUUCAAGAAGAACACACGGACAUGGUCUAGAUAAACGUCUGCCUUUUUCAACAAGCUUCAAUCUACAAUGGACGAUCGUGUGUUAGACUUGACAGAGGCACAGGAAGCUGUCAAAUCCAAAUACCCGCCGAUCAACAAGAAAUAUGAAUACCUGGAUCACACAGCAGAUGUACAAAUUCACUCUUGGGGAGACUCUUUGGAGGAAGCCUUUGAGCAGUGUGCCAUGGGCAUGUUCGGCUACAUGACGGACACAGAGACGGUGGAACCGAUAGAUACAGUUGAAGUGGAAUCGGAGGGUGAAGACAUGGAGUCGCUUCUCUUCCACUUCCUAGAUGAUUGGUUAUACAAGUUUAGUGCAGAUCUUUUCUUUAUUCCCAGGGAGGUCAAAGUUUUACAUAUUGACAGAAUGCGUUUCAAGAUUCGCUCCAUUGGGUGGGGCGAAGAAUUUUCUCUGGAAAAGCACCCACAGGGAACUGAGGUGAAAGCCAUCACAUAUUCAGCAAUGCAAAUCCACGAUAAAGAAAAACCAGAAAUAUUUGCCAUCAUUGAUAUCUGAUACAACUGCGAGAAGAAGCUCACACUCAAUGGUUCAGUAAAAGUGGGAAGUCUACAUGACCAGUUUAAGUGGCCUUUUAAUUCAGCGCACUGAUUUUUGAUUAGUACUGUCUUUUUUGGGGCAUGUAAUAUCAACUCUUUAUUUAAAUGUAAAAAAGAAUUGUAAAAUUAGCCUUACAUUUAAAUGAGACUUGUGGGGAUAUCAAUUAUUUGGAGGGAAUACACUGAAUUUGAACUGUGCACCUGAAGUCACAAUUACCAAAUUUAAGCUCAAAUUUUCAUUUUAGGAUAUUAUUACUCUUAUGUGUGAUGGUUUUGAAGGUGUGUUGAUGCAUUAUAUCUCAUUGUAAAUAAAUAAGCAAAUGUUUACCUUUGACAUACAAUUGAGUCACCUGUUUUUCAACUUAAAAUCUCAGUUUUAAGUAUUUUAUAGAAGUGUUGCGAUUAAAUAGGACAGAAGUGCAAAAAGGUCAUCAUUUAUCACCAUAUUUUAGCAAAGAAUAUCAAAUUGGAAAAAAUAUGCACAACUUACUGAGUUCAACACAGCAAAAUAUUCCAAAUGUACACUGAGUCUACUUUUUGAACUGUUUAAACCUGUUCAUACAUCAAAUGUAAGAUGAGCGUAUUCUACAAAACACUUCCCUGCAUUAGACAUCAGGAUAUUCAUGCCUGGGCUUGUGACCUAUUUCCAGAGAGUAACUGAACAAAGGUUUUCUAAGAAACGUCCAAAGCUUGUUUUCAAUAGAUGUCUCAGACAAAGCGGUAUAAUACCAGGAAUCUGCCUGUAUGAAUAACGGAAAGUACAGGCAGCAGUAUUCUAUGUAGAAGAGAACUGUUUUGGUCUUUGACUAAAUACACAUACCAGGCAAAACAGAAUAGUGUGUUAAAACGGGAUGUUGUAUAUCCUGUAUUGCUUCAGAUAACUGAGAAAGAACAUUAUCUGCAUUGAUAUUAUAGCUUCUUCUUGCUGCAGUGCCCACCAAGCACCUCCGAAAAUUCAACCUGAAUUGACUCAUUCAUGUGUGAUGUGUGAGCUGAUAGUUGAGAGCUUAAAUCAUUACAAAUUAUAUUAUUAUUUGUUUGUAAACGGAGCUGGCCUUUGAAAACCCAUGUGGUCUGUUUUGAUGAUGUUCUGGACUGAUGCACUGGACAGUUUGUAUGUAUUGAAUUUCAAAACUUUGUUGUGACAUUUUACAAUAAUUUAUAUCAUAAUCCAGACUAUUGUAGAUGUGGGUAAAUGGUGUGUAGUGGUGUUUGCUGUAUGCUUGUGAGAACUGUCUGAACUAAUUUAUUUUCAAGUUUCUUUAUUUUUGUCAUCUGAAUACUAAUUUUAAAACUCAGAUUAAAGAACCCAAAGAUCA